CUCUGCCUUAGAACACCUUCAUCCUCCCCAAAUUUCAUAGAAUAUUCCACCCCUCAUGAGCCACAGUCGUGUGAUUCAGGACUCUGAUGACGAGGAUGACCCAUUGUGCGAAGUCCCAACAUCUCCAAACCGUCAGGAUCCGGUCAUGCAGGACGCGCAGAACGAUCUAUCUGAGCACGGCCGCUUCAACUUCGAUACCGGCUAUGCUACUAAUGGCUAUACACAGGGAAACGGCGUAAAUAUUUCCCAUGCAACUAAUGAUAAUAAUAGCCUUGCUAGCUCUCAGCUUGGGAUCAAUUUCGAUGAUUUCCUGAAAUCCCAAGAUGGCGGGCCAGCCUGGUUAUCUUCGCAGCGGCGGAGGGAGGAGAGAUGGAUUCCUAGUACGGGGAGAACGGAGUCUAUCGGGGCGGUGAUGACUGAAAUCAAUCUUGCGCAAAAGAAGCUCUUGGAGGAUGAGGGCUGGAAUGGCGACAGUACUCAUCUGUCCCGUCAAAACUCCGCUCUACAGAGGUCUUUGCCACCUGUUUCAUUCUCUAUCGAUGAUCAGAGAUAUCUUCAGGAGACGGCUCAGCAGGGACAUGGUGCAUUCAGACAGGGUAACGGACAUUUCGCAAUAAUAGUUGACUCCCGUAUACCGGAGUUUACAGAGCAGCACGAGGAAGUAACUCGAUAUGAAGUCCCACAUCAAAAUACGGGCUUUGAUAGAGACAUUGAUGAAUCUGCCCAUACAUCCAGUCACGAUGAACACUACGAACUGGCCACGUCGUACAACUACUUCGAAUCGUCUUUGAAGGGGUCCAUGGACCCAGUGAAUGCUGAGAAUACUACUAUCACCGGGACAGUUGAGAAUGAAUACAGAGAUGGGCUUCAAAGGACUCCGGUUCGACCGCGGUCGAUGCAAAUGACAUCCUACUCGCCUCAUGAUACAGAGCCCUUCUCAUCUCUAGUAUUACCCGGACUAAAUAGGGCGAAGAGCGACGAUGCAUCUGGUUUAGUCCAUCAGGAGGAACAGUUGUCUCAGAGGAGUAUGCGUGAUGAGCUUGCUGUUCCUGUUACUAUUGAAAUACCGAUAACGAAGAAGACCCUCGUCCACAAAACCAACGAAAACGUGCCGGAAGACGGCGACGAUGAUGAACUGGCUCUUUCUGAAGUGCACGAGCACGCCAAGGAGAAUGAUGAGCAUAAACAACAACAGAACACUGAAGCAGUGUCAGAUGUUGGCCUUCUGAACGCGGCUCCUGAAAUCGAGGCUCCUCGGGAAGUAAGCAUCGUCCUUCCCAUGGAGCAAACUGCAGGAUCUCCUGAAUUCUUUCUUACGAAGCAAAAGGUCCAUAUUGCGGAACCUACAAAGCCAACACCAAAGACGAGGGGGCCUAAAAAGAAAAAACUGAAACGAGGCAAGACCACGUCAGUCGCGUUGAAAAGGACUUACGAGUCAGACGUCGAAGAUGAUGUGAUCUGGAUAGACGAGAAGCCCCUUCAUCCGGAAUUGCAAAAUAACGAUCUGAAUGACGAUCACCAGAAAUCUUUUUCAGAAAGUAAUAGGCCUGGCCAAGAUAAAGAGAAGUUGGGUUCGGAAUCUAUCACCAAUUCAACAACUUCACAGAUUCAACCAGGGGAAUCCAAGAAACGUGGACGUAAAAGGAAGAAGACGGCGGAACAAGUUCAGAAUAAUGAAGACGACAAGCCUCGAAUUGGAGAGGUCGAAGCCACUUCUAAUAAUAUACUCCAAGAUAUUUCGAACACCGCAAACACAGCUAACUGCGACCAGGACCACGACCCCAGCAAGGAAAACAAAGAAAAAUCAUGCAUCUCCAACCAAACAGCUGAGGGCUCGUUUAACUCACCAACGAUCCAUGAAGAACAAUCAGAUCCAUCAAGUCCCACAAAAGUCGACGAUAAUCCAUCUCUCACGGCUCCAACGGAGCCACCAACACUCCACGAAUCCGUAACCCCAAAGAAGCAUCAGCAGCAGCGACAACAAAAAGAUCUGAACAAUCAACCAGAAAUAAGGUCAAACAGCGAGACAUCGCUAGACCUGGGCAAAGGCACACCAGGUAAAGACCCCCGGAAAGGACCGGACAAGCACAGUCCUAUCUCGACAACGAGCAGGGUUCCCUUCCGUGUUGGUUUGAGUCGCAGAGCGCGAAUUGCUCCGCUGUUGAAGAUUGUGAAGAGAUAAUUGAAUUACUAAAUAAAACCCCCUCCCCCAAAAAAAAAAAAAUAAAAAUAAAAAUCCAUGAGUAUGGAAUGGAACGUGAUUGCUUAAUGAGUGGACAAUAUCGAGAGAGAAGCCAAAGGUGUUCCUGGCGCGCUUUUUUCCCAUCUUCUAUGGCUGGGUUUUCUUUUAUUCUACAGGUCUGGGGGUCUCAUGCUUUUCUCUGCUGUUUACUGACCCAUAGGGCUAUAUAUUUAUUUCGUAUAUCUUUACUGAACCUCUUUUACAAUGCAUUGCUUGCUUAUAGGAUCAUUAUGAGUAUGAGGACAGGUUAGAUACCUAACAGGAGUCGUGCACCAAAUUGCCUAUUCAUCUUUGCCAGAUUUACUUUAUCUAUUUGCUGUCGUGGAAUUAUCAGGACUGUUAUGUCCUAGGGAAUUUGAUACCAACCGAUUAUCCCAUCGGCAUCAGGCUACACCGGUUGUUAUU